UAUAUUUCGGUUCAUUUAUAAUAUUGAUUGCAUAACCGUGUAUAAAGAUGUUCCCACAAUUUGCGAAUACAUAGAUGCAUACUAAUAUAAACUUGCCAGGUCAAAUAAAACAAACACUAAGUAUGUCAAUGUAUCUGCUAAAAAAAAUCUUCCGACAUGUUUGGACAUACAUACAUAUAUGCUUGCAAUGCAUGUCAAGUGUAUAUUUAUAAUACACUAUUAAAAUCGGAGAGUAUAGCGAGGGCUCACAUCUACUGAUAUUGUUUAAAUAAUUAUGUAUAAGUAUGUCACAAAAUUUGUAGCGCUUAUCAGGUCGCCAAUUCAACAAAGGUUAAUUUAUGCACAAUAUUGUGUGGAUGUGGAAUUAAAUUUGCUAUUUUAUAUAGAGAAUUAGCAUUGAACUUUGAUUUUGACGAAUAAUUGUAAUUGUAAUAACAAAAUAAUUAAAGGGUCUUAACACUGUAGUGGGCAAAAAAUCAUGUUAUGUUAAAGUCGAAUAUCUCGUGACCUAAGCGUUUGCGGUACCUAUAAUCCUACAUAUUUUUUAAAUAAUUUUUUCCUCCUUCCAACGGUACCUUCAGAUCGCGGCGCCAAAGAAAUCUGAAUUUUGACAUUUAUUCUCAGAGCUAAUGAAACACUAUCAAGAUUGAUCCUCAAGCAGAAGGAAAUUUAUUUUUUCUGUUAAUUUUGUUGACUAUAAUAACCAAAUUAUAGGACCGCAAUCGCACAAAAUCAAGCUUCUUUAUUUAAGGAUAUAUUUUCACGAAAUUUGCAUUGAAUAUUUUAGAAGACAACGCUACAAUCUCAGAUAGUGAUCCGAUCUAGAUAGCAUAUAGCUACUAUAAAACUGACCAAUAAAAAUCAAGUUCUUAUAGGCCUCAUCAGUUGUACCAAAAGUAACAAAUUGACUGCAGCAAUGAGAAUUCUUCUAAGUUGUAACGUACUAAAUUAUAAGUAAUAAACAUACAUACAUACAUACAUACAUGUAUAGAAUGAAACAUAUUUCUAUAUUUUAUUUUAGAAUGACAAAAAUGUAACGAAGAAAAAAAGUGGGAAUUCCAUAGGAACGUUUCUUAAACGCUCCUGAAUAUUAUUCCUGUAUAAUGCCGGCUGUGAUUGUUCCUAACAUGGAAACGUUACAUCCUACAGCGAAAUUAAUGCACGGACUGCAGUUUGCUGCCAGCAAGCAUCGUACACAACUGCGGAAAGAUAAUGAGACGCCCUACAUAAAUCACCCUAUAAAUGUGGCAACAAUUCUCGCUGUGGAAGGUGGUAUCUCCGAUGAAAAUGUACUCAUUGCUGCUCUAUUGCAUGACACUGUUGAGGAUACCGAUACCACAUUUGAAGAAAUCGAGCAACAUUUUGGCGAGGAUAUUUGUGCAAUUGUGCGUGAGGUCACCGACGACAAGACAUUGGAGAAACAAGAACGCAAACGCUUGCAAAUCGAACAUGCGGCAAGUUCAAGUGAGAAUGCCAAAUUAGUGAAAUUGGCGGAUAAGUUGGACAAUCUACGGGAUUUAGGCAGGAAAGCGCCAAUCGGUUGGACACCUGAGCGUCAAGAACAAUACUAUGUUUGGGCUAAGAAAGUGGUGGAUAAUAUGCGUGGCACAAACGUAGAGUUGGAGCGCGAAUUAGAUGAAAUUUUUAAAGCUAAAAAGCUACUUUAAAAUAUACUUUCCAAAUAGAUAUCGGUUUAAUUUAUUAAUUCUUAACUAUUUGUUGAAUGAAAUUUUUGUAGGAAAUAAAAAUAAACAUAUUUAAAAUACAAA